GUCCUACUGAUUGUUACUCCCGCGCCGCUAUGGCUUCCGCCGGGGUGGCCGCGGGGCGACAAGCCGAGGAUGCGUUACCACCCCCGUCCGAGCCGCAGCUGCCUGAGACCAAGCCGCUGCCGCCUCCUCAGCCGCCGCCUCCGGUCGCUGCGCCCCAGACGCAGCCGUCGCCGGCCCCGCGGCCUCAGUCACCCGCGGGCGUGAAGGAGGAGAACUACUCCUUUUUGCCUUUGGUUCACAACAUCAUCAAAUGCAUGGACAAGGACAGCCCAGAUGUCCACCAGGACCUGAAUGCCCUCAAAACCAAGUUCCAGGAGAUGCGGAAGCUCAUCAGCACCAUGCCGGGCAUUCACCUGAGCCCUGAGCAGCAGCAGCAGCAGCUGCACAGCCUCCGGGAGCAGGUCAGGACCAAGAACGAGCUCCUGCAGAAGUACAAGAGCCUCUGCAUGUUCGAGAUCCCCAAGGAGUAGAGGCCGCCAGUGUCCAGGACCCAGAGGAAGGCAGGGGAGGCAGCCGGCUUCCUUGCCCACAGUUCCUCUGGACUCUAGCUCUGAGCCUGGCCUCACCAGCCGCAAGCUGUACAUACCCAUGUGGCUAAGGCAUGCCGACGUGAGCGUCUGCCACUGGAAGCCAGAGGAUUCCUGAGGCUGGGGGGAAGGGCUGCCCUGUACUGGGGAGGGGGCCAUCUGCUGUGUGUCUGGGUCCCUCCCGCAGAUCUGAAGAGCACAGUAGGAAAGGAGGCGGCUCUUCCUUGCUUCCUGCCCUCCCGCUCCUCCCACCUCUGAUACAAUCAGCAUGUACCAGGUACAUAUUGUUCCUGUUAGCAGCCGUUUGGUGAAACAUUUGCAUAGAAUUCACUGGACAAAUUAGGCCUGUACUCAUAUGGCAUGGGUUUAAUAUGAUUAAAGAAGACUGUGAGAGAA